AUGCGGCAGAGGACAGAAACCUCUCCGUUUCAGCUCCCGAGUUGCCUCCGAGCCCCUUGCCCUGGGUAUUUUGGGUUUUCCGGGGGCUUUUCUCCGAAUCAGGAGCAUCAGGAGGAUCACGAGGGGGAGGAUCAUUCCGAUACGGCUCAGGCACCAUCGCCAAAAGGCCGCCAGGACGGGACCUCACCCAAAGGCCACCAAGACGGGAACACCAUGGAGAAGGGCGAGCAAGCCGACCAGGAUUGCCACCAGCAGUGGAAGCAGAAUUCCAACAUGGACAUCCCCAAGACUUUUGCAGCGAUGGCACGCUUCAACGCCUCCGUCAUGGGCAUUGGGGACCGCAUGUGGUUUGCCGAUCUUCUGUACUCUAUGGAAUCCUUGGUUCCCCACAUCGGCAACAUUGACCGAGUUCAGGAAGAGUGCGACGUGCUCGCAUUGACGCUCGCACACUAUGACAAGGUCAAUCUUGCAGAGUUCCGCUCGGUGAUGUUCGCCAGCUUGAGGUCACUUCUGCCUUCCACCUGGAGCACGCAGCACGAGAAUGCUUGGUCUUGGUUCUGGACCUGCGUGGAGAAGAAGGUCGAGGCGACGCGGCUGCUCCCUGUGCGCCAUCAUCAAGCUCUGAGAUCUUUCCUCGCCCGUAUGGAUGAGGAUGCCCUGGCUACCUUCAAGCUCCAGGUCUUUGACACUUUCUUUGCAAACUGCGAGGAGUCACAGCUAUACCUGCGGGCGGCCAACAAGCGCUUGAUGUACAUCAUGGGACGGAUCCUCACCAUCAUGUCAGACAUCUACACGAAGACCCAUAAGGCCGUCAUUGCUGUCUCCGCUUUGGGCCUUCUGCAUGCUGGCCACGGUGUCCCCGAGGAUCUGGUGCGUCCUUUCGUCGCAGCAUUCAUGCAGUCCAUCAAGCAAGCUUGUUCAGAUGAAUCUCUCUACGAGGGCCUGUGGUGGACGCUGGAUUUGAUCGGAAGGAUCUUCAUCCGAACGCUGGCAGAGGGCUCCACGGAUGUGAUCAUCGCAAUCAAUAAGAACUCGACCACGGUCCUGAAGAAAGCCGUUGCGAAAGCUCCUCGUGGGGUACGCUACGACGUCUUGCUGCGCGUUCAGGUGGGCACGGAGUCCAUGUCGCCGCUGGUCUGGGCCGUGGACAAGGGGGCGCUGGAGUCGGCGGCUGCCAUCAUCAAGGACCUGCUCACUAUGCGAGCAGACCGCGGACGGUACUACUUCGGCAUGGAAUCCCUUUGGAGUCGCCAUCCGGACCUCAUUCCGCUGCUUUGCAACAAGGCGCCUUCGCUCCUGACUGGGGUGCUGGAUGGGCUCAUCUGGCGGUCCAAGAAUGUGAAGAAAGGUGUGCGGCGUGUGAAUUACUACAUCGGCUCCAUCAUGGUUGGCAGCGAGGGACAGCUUACCAGUUCGCUCUUGGACUUGAUCAAGCAUGGUGAUCCGAAGAUCAUUUGCCACCCUACGGCCGUCUUCCAGGCUGACUUGCUGUGGGCCCGACUUUGUUGCCUUCCCUGGGCGGUUACAAAGCUGUGGUUUUGCGUGACGCUCAUGCUUUUCGUCAUUGCAGAGCAAAAGGGCAUUCUUUCAGUGGAUGUUCGGAGCCAGCAGCGCUUCACGGUCAUCGCCUGUCGCGCAUGCUUGUAUGUCUUCAGCCUUGGACAGCUCUGGGUCAAGCAUGCCGUUCAGACCUACAAAGCCGUUCGUGCCAGGCAAACCCGGCGCUUCAUCUGGCGCUUCCACUUGCCAUCCUACUUGCUGCAGUCAGGUCAGGAGAUGACCGAAGUCAUCCUGCUGCUGCUGUUGAUUUGCAUGCUUUGCUGUGAGCCAGUGCUGCACUGCCUGGGUGCAAGCAACGAGUGGCUGACGGACUGCUGCGAGUACGGGGAGUGGUAUUGCAAUCUCAACUACACCUACAACCGCUUGGCCGCUUUCCCAAUGCUCCUGUACUUCCUCCUGGCCUCAGAGCUUGUCCACCUCAACGUGCAACUGUCAGUGUUCAGCGUGAUCUGCGCAAGUCUUUGGUGGGAGUUCAUCCUGUAUGUCGCAGUUCUGUUCUUCUUUGCGGCAGCCUUUGCGUCCGCUGUGGCCUGCUUGCCCAACCUUGAUGGCGACGACUCCGUGCAGAAGCGAGAUUUCUUUGGCUUGGGCGCGGCCUUCGAGUCCAUGUUGUCCAUGGCCUUCAACACCUAUGGAAGCGGCAACUACGAAGGCAUCGCUCAGGCUUCAGAGCCGCUCCUGAAGUGGUUCAUCAUUGCCUUCGCUGCAUGCUGGCACGUGUACCUGAUGAACCUGAUGGUGGCUCAGCUCUGCCAGCGCUACAACGAAAUCUUCCACGACGCACGGGGCAAUGCCCGACUGACGAGAGGCAUCAUCAUCUACGAGACCUCUAUGCCAUUCAUCUCCAAAGCACGAUGGGCGCGCUUUGUGGAUUCGCUACGGCUGGAGGAUGCCUGCGAGUUGGACGAAGGAGACAAUGGGCCCCCAGGGGCUGUGCCUACCGCAGAGGGACCGUACGAUUACUUGCAGUAUCCGGCCGUGGAGUUGGAUCGAGUUCAGCGUUUCGGAGGCCUUGCAAAUCCGGAGCUUCCAUGGCCGAACCUCGAAGAGGCAUUGGAUGACAGCGCCGUGGGCCGUUUAGAUAGGAUGACGAGAGCUAAGUUCGAAGAGAUGGAGAGGCUUAUGGUGGACAUGGCUGUGAAACUUGGCGUUCGCUCUGCCAGCAUUUCCAACGGUGGCAGCCAAAGUCACUCCACACAUGGCUCUCAACUACAGCAGGAUACCGGCAAGCCCGUCGACACCGAGCAAACUGGGCACAUGAAGGAGGAGACCGAAGAGACGCUGAGCAACGAGCCCACAGGGACUGAAGUGAUGCGUCCACCCGAGUGA